CGGCGCGCCGCCUCCGCCACUACCUCGCCAAGCUGCUCAUGGCCCUGGCCGGGCCCCUGGUGUUCCGCAUCGGGGCUCCAUCUCCUAGCUGCUGGACAAAUAACUAGCAUGGAAGAAUUCCGUGUUGCUUGUCGGAGUCUGGGAUUAACAGAGAGAAUUGCUUUAUUUCUCCGUCACCGGGAGAAGGAAUCAAGUCUUCAGUCAGCAGCUCGGUGUUUGGACAAUGCUUCGGAGAUGUGAAUGACUGGGCGAAUGCCAAGCGUUAUGUUCUUAACUCUUCCGAACUUGACGGGCUGGUUAUAGAAGUGUUUCGAAACUUUACCAGAUCCCAACGGUAAUGAGACUUUCAACUCUUGUCUUUCACUAAAGCACAAUGUGGAUUUUCCCUGGAUGUAAUAAUUAACUUGCAAUGCCCUCAGCCCGUUCUCUUCCGGCUGGAGAUUGUGAGCAGCGUUAUCGAAGUGUUAUCUUUGAUCUCUUGCACUGCGCUGUGUGUCACUCAUCAGCAGUAAAUUGUUGGGCUUUGUCAGGCACCACUGAGCCAGGUAUCCCCAUUUCAGGGUAACUGCACCUGCGUUCCCCCACGUGGUCCCUCGGGGGCACCCACAUCAGGUCCUGGGCUUCCAGACGUCGCCUCUCUUGGGAGGAGAUGCACGGCUCUCCCCCUCCUGACUGGGGUUUGAAGGCUGCAUAGCCCCUGCAGUCCACUGUGCUAUCCCCUGCAAGCCAGCCUGCCUGAUUGCCCGCCCCAGUGCUUUGCCUUCUCUCCGAUGGCCACAGACAGCGUGUGGCCGGCAGUUACAAGUCACCGCACCGCUCUUCUUAAGCCAGCACUCUUACUCUUAAGGUACAGCCUGUACGCCCGCACCAAGCUGGGCUACCUCUUCUACAAGCGGCAGAUGAAGAAAGCCCGGGAGCGAUAUCCACAUGGCCACUCGAUCCCCCAGCCCGUGAUGUUCAACGGGGUAAAGAUCCUGCCGAUCCCUGUGUUAUCCAACAACUACAGCUACCUGGUCAUCGACACCCACUCCAAUGCUGCUGCCGCCAUCGACCCCUCAGACCCGCUGGCCGUGCAGGCAGCCAUCGAGCAGGAGGGGGUGACGCUGGAGGCCAUCCUGUGCACCCACAAACACUGGGAUCACAGCGGGGGGAACAUGGCGCUGAGACGGCGUUACGGCUCCUGCAGGGUGUAUGGCAGUGCUUGUGAUGCCAUCCCUGAGCUCACCAACCCCCUCUCGGAUAAGGACACCGUCACCGUGGGACAGCUGUGCUUCAAGGCUCUCUUCACCCCGGGGCACACCGUGGGGCACAUGGUCUACCUGCUGGACGGGAAGCCCUUCGAGGGGCCGGCCUGCCUCUUUUCUGGAGACCUCCUCUUCCUCUCAGGCUGCGGGCGGAUAUUCGAGGGGACGCCGGAAACCAUGCUGGCCUCGCUGGACACCGCUGCGGACCUAGCAGAGGACACGCUGCUCUGGCCAGGACACGAGUAUGCCCUGGACUGCCUGACGUUUGCCAGCCUGCUGGAGCUGGAGAACCCCGUGCUGGAGCAGAAGCUGCAGUGGGCGAAUCAGCAGCGGCUGGAGAAGAGGAGCACGUGCCCCUCCACCAUCGGCGAGGAGAAGGAAUACAACCCGUUCCUGCGGACCCACUGCUGGGAGCUGCACCGGGCCCUGGGGCUGCAGCGGCUGAGAGGCGAGGACUGGGACAGCUUCCGGGCGCGGGUGCUGAAGGAGGUGCGGCACCGCAAGGACCUCUACAAAGCCAACUAGCCCCCUGGCCGGGCGGCGGGAGGGCUCUGCCCCGUGAGCAGCCUCCCAAAGGAGGGGGACAGUCCCUUUGGGGGGGAGUGUCUGGCUGGGAAAGGGUCUCACCCCCUCCUGGCGAUGGGGCGGAUCAGGGAGCCGGAAACGUCUCCACCUCAUCCCUGUGGAUAAAGACGGGUUCGGGUGCCAUUCCCCCUUCUCCCUACCCCACCCUGCUGGCUCGAGAGGGCUCGUCUCCGGACAAAGUGGAUCCUUGCCGGUGGAAAGAAGAAUGGGGCGGGGGGAAAUCCAGGAUGACACCCCCCCAACCCACCCCCAGGAGGCGUCUGACUCCACAUGGUGCCAGUGUGCGUCUGACCUUUGAUUGCCGCUGGCUGCUGGGGAUGAAUUCCCCCAAGCGAGGGGGCAGGGAGGGGGGCGUUGGCGAGGGUGCCUGGCAAAGCUUUUCCAGGGAGCAGGGCUGUGACUUUCUUUCUCUGGGGGACUGGACUUUGGCUGGUGGAAGCGCAGGCCCGGUGCGCUCGGGGGUUAGCCCGUGAAGCGCACGUUGUUUCUACACUACAGACCCGCAGAUCCCAUUACACAAUGCCCGGUCCUGAGCCCAGCUGGGCGCCCGGUGUGUGGGGAGCGGUGCUGCCCGAGGUGGCAUCGGGGACAGCGCCGCGCCUGGUCUGUCGGUUCUUUCCUCUGCGUCCUGCCCCAGCCGGCCCGUUUGUGGGGCACCGCUGACUCCUCCGUGAGCACACGCCCACCCCCCGCCCGCUGGCUGGGAGAGACCAGGACAAACCACCACAAAAGUACCAGCUGGGGGCGCCACUGCACGGAACCCAGCUCUGAUAGUGGACGGGAAAACCCCCCUGGCGCUGAACGUUCCUGGCAGCCGCCUCCCUCCUGCGGCACGGGGACGGGCACAGCCGCGCUGGCAGAGAUCAAGGAUGAAGCCGUGUCGUUGGCCGGCCUGCCUCCCCGGCUGGCUGGUGGCUUCCCGUCAGGUCUCUGCGUUAACUUUGGUGAUUGUUCCCUGAUUGAAGCAAGACCUGCUCCAUGCAACUGGGGAGCGGGAAGUGUGUGUGUGUGUGUGUGUGUGUUUGGGGGGUUACGUCCUAGAGGAUUUUCAGGUCUCCACUCCAAGCACAAGGAUCCUAUGACUUUAUAGCGCAGGUCUCCAGCCUGGUGAUGGUUCUACAUCCGCCCCCUUUGCUCUGGAGGUUGUUGGGGGCUGGGAGAAACAGACCCAGCCUGCUUCCUCCCCCUGACCGCGCCUGUUUGCCCUUCUCGGCAGACGAGAACGCAGGGGUGUCCCGCCCCAUUGGAAAGGCAGCGAAUUUUCAACCCCCCAUGCGGAAACCUGUAACCUGUGAAAUUCACUGCUGGGAGAUUGACGUGAAAUCAAGCACUUAGCAGGAUGGAUGGCCAAGGGUCAGCCGUUCCUGGGGCUGAGAACCGCCACAAUUACACUGGGUAGGGUACAAAAGGAGGGGCACAACACCGGGUAUCUCAGGCCAUGAGCCAACCUCAAGCGUCCAGGGUUAGGGGAAACUUCCUCCAAGUGCAUGUUGGCCCCAAACUGUCCACUGCGGGGUCCUUCCAUCUUCUGAAGCAGCUGGUCCCGGGUACUGUUAGAGACAGGAGGAUACCGGGCUUGGGCAACCAGAGCGGAAGCUAGUGUGGACGCACUGUUGGGAUGAAAUCUUGGGCCCGCUGGGAGUCUGUUGCCAUUGGCUUCAGUGGGGCCAGGCCUCUUUGGUCCCCUUGUUUAUGAUGGACCCCAAAAAGGGAUCCGUCCAGUAAACCAAACUUCUUCAGAGGGGAAGGGCCAGAGAAGAACCAAGGGAAUCUAACCCGUGAUGUUCUCAUCCGUAUAAAUGUCUGACCCUGUAUUGAAUGCUGUGAAGCUCUUGCUCUCAAUGCUGUCUUGUGGCCAUGAGUUCCACCGGCUACAGAGAGCAAAGGAAAUACUCUUGCGCGCAAUGCACCCGGUGACAUUUGCUGCCCUUCACUUUCAGUGAAUGCUGUGAAUAACAGGAGGCACAAGGUUUUUGUAUUAGGAGAGAGCGGAGGAUGUUCAACAAAUGGGAUGGGGUGUAUUCACCCAUCAUCCAGGGAACAAAAAGCACCCCCCCCCCGUUCAGCAUUUGGAUAGACAGGCCCAAGGCCUAGUUAUAAACAGCUUCGUCCCCAGGGAGGCUGCUGUGGGGGGAUAAAUGUUUGCAGACCCAUACUUUUAAGUGUGCAGGGCAUGAUGGAGGCUGGUUGAUUGCAGGGGGUGUUUCUGUGGAGAGGGGCUGGAAAAGGGGAGUAUAAGGUGAAUGUUGUGGGUUGAACUGACCUGGUUACUUUGCAGAGGGAGGGAGGGAGUGUGUGUGUGUGCACGCAGCCACAGAAUUGUGACACUGGCGUGUGCGUGAUACACAAUCCCUGGGAGAAGCGGUUGCCCCCUGGGUGGGGCCGGGGAUGCUGCAGGAGCCUUGUCCUGAACAUAGAAGGGGCUCCUGGGUCUCUGUCCCGCUGCUGCCGUCUCAGACCUCCCCUUCGGCCAUCCUGUCUAGCCAAGCAAAGGUGCUGUUAAGGCCCAUAGGGGGAUGAAGCAGCCGGGCUGGAUGGGAGUGGGGCAUUCCCAGCCUCUGCCCUGCGCUACAGGGAGGGCCACAUCUUGAGUGGCUCUGGGUUUGAGGAGGAGGUGGCUAAGGGGCAGCCCAGCCUCAGGUCGGAAGCCCCUAGAUACGCUCCACUGCACGGUAGGGGCUGGAGAGGCAACGCCAGUGGGUGAGGGGACAGGACGUUUGGAGGCUUGGAGGUUCUUGUUAAUGUCAAAUGUUACCAAUAGCUCACUUUAGCUGUCUGCGACAGGGGAGGCAGGUGAGUAGAGGACAGAGAGCCAGGACUCCUGGAUUCUAUUCCUGGCUCUGGGAGGGGAGUGGGGUCUAGUGGUUAGAGGAGAGGGGUUGGGGGACUGGGAGUCAGGACUCCUGGGUUCUAUUCCUGUCUUUACCGUUGAUUCCCUGUUGGGCUAAUCACUUCCCACUUCAGUACCUCAGUUCCCCCCCUCUGAAAUCAUGAUCCUAUUUCCCAGUCUCCCAGGGACAUCACGCGUUCAUGAAGGGUCUUGGAGACGUAAAAGCUCUACACGCUGUAAGCACUACGCGGAGCUGGGUUUCUCCAGGGGGUUCUGGUGACUCUGCCUUGGCUCUCAGGGUUUAUAUUGUUACCAAAACUCCUUUGAUUAAAAAUGCAGCCGCAUUGGGGAGGAAAACGUGGUCUAGUGGCUAGAGCACAGGACAGCCGGGUUCCAUUCCCAGCUCUUGCUGGGUGACCUUGGACAGGAUGCAGCACUAUGUGCCUCAGUUUCCCCAUCUGUGAAAUAGGGCGAAUACCUCUCUGACCGUGGUUGUGGGGCUCCCUGUUGUCUGUAAAGUGCCCAGAGGCUGCUGGCUGGGCAGUGCCGCAGAAGCACAGCGUUAUUGAUGAUACACUAGGUCGGGAUUUAUUCCAUCUCUUCCCCCCCCCCCCUUUCUCUUACCGUUGGAAAUAGAUCGCCACUAACGAUUCCAAACUGUGAACUUUAGCUGAGCCAGGCAGCACUGGAGGCAGUGGGUGUGGAGUAGGGCGUUCGGAGAUGGGCUGGGAGCAUGAAGCCUCUUGUAUUCAGUGAUCGCUGUGGAUUGUAAAAAUGCCAAUAAAUCAACUCUUUGGUUUUACUGUU